UGCCAUUAUUAUUUUAAACUAGAAUUUGGCCAAGCCUAAUAGAACAGUGUUCUUCAUUGUCAAUUCCGCCUCCUUAAUCCAACCUGCAACCAUGGUGUUUUCUCGUAAAUGGUCCAAUGGAAACCGUCCACGGCUGCUUCGAAUUGCCAUUUUUCUUUGAAGUUUUGAGUUCUAAAAGGCGAUAACAGAAGCAGAAGAAGAACUGAACUGACGCAUCUCGCGCUUGCGUAGAUCUAAAUCAGGCGCCAAGGCAUCGUGCAGUGCGAGCUUGUCUUCUUCCUUCUACUUCCAUCUUCUCUUUUCAGCCAAGUUGCUGCAUGCUCUAUUUCAUUUGUUUACUCCGCUUUUAGUCGUCAAAUCAUGACUCUGAAAUGGUGCUUACCCUCACUGUCGCUUCACCAGCUUACGAGAACGCCAAUGGCCGCGAAAUGUGAAGGCCUUGGCCUUGGAGGAGUUUUAUCCGAUGGAAACUCUGGAGCAUUCCCCUCGUUUCUUCCUAAAGAAGUCGGUAAAAUCAAAGAUCCAUUUGCCAGAACCAUGGCUAGCAAAAUCGAGAGACUACCGAUGACAUUAUCUGAAACUCGCAUUAUGAGCAGCUGCGUUAAACCAGUAAUAAGAAAGAAGAAUCCGGUGGUUCUACUCCAUUGCUUUGACAGUUCUUGUUUGGAAUGGAGUUAUGCAUUUCCUCUGCUUGAAGAGGCUGGUUUAGAAACGUGGGCUGUCGAUGUUCUUGGAUGGGGCUUUUCUGACUUGGAUAGUCUUCCACCAUGUAACGUCCAAACAAAGCGUUCUCAUCUUUACCAGUUUUGGAAGACCUACAUCAAGAGGCCAAUGGUGUUAGUUGGACCAAGCCUUGGAGCAGCGGUUGCAGUUGAUUUUGCAGUUAAUCAUCCGGAAGCUGUGGAAAAGCUGGUCUUGAUCAAUGCUUGUGUGUAUAGUAAAUGCACCGGGCACCCGACAAAGCUGCCGAAAGUGGUGGCAUAUGCUGGGGUUUCACUGUUAAAAAGUAUCCCAUUGCGCCUCGUUGCAAAUAAGUUAAUAUUCAAUGGACUUUCACUUGCUCGAAAUCUAGAUUGGACGAAUGUUGGCCGUUUGCACUGCCUAUUGCCUUGGUGGGAAGAUGCAACGGUUAAUUUUAUGAACAGCGGAGGAUAUAAUGUCAUUUCCCAGAUUAAACAGGUCAAGCACAGAGCACUUGUCAUUGCGGGCGAAGAUGACAGAAUUAUUUGCUAUAAAGAUGCAGUGAGAUUGCAUUGUGAGCUACCAAAUGCAAUAAUGCGAAUAAUAACAGAUAGUGGCCAUCUGCCCCAUGUUGACAAUCCUGCUUCUGUUUCAAAGCUUAUUACAGAUUUUGUGUUACAUGAUUCCUGCUAGGAAUUCUUCACACACGUAAAAAUAUCCUUCCAUAAGGAUAUAUAUAUAUAUAUAUA